AUGUUUCCCACUAAUUUCGGGACGAAUAAUAAUAAAAUUAACGAGUCCAACGUUGAUGCCAAACUAAUGCGAUCCGGAAUCAUAUUCCCCCGAGGGAAAGACAUCGAUGACAAGACGUUAUUCAUUUUCCGGGUUCGGCUUUACACCCGAGGUUCUUGCAACGUGAAUGACAUGAAGCGUACCUUCGUAUACUGGCUGGAACGACUAAUUCGGGAAUCCAACGACGACUAUCUGACGUUCAUGUUCGAGCUGACUGGGGCCAAAGUCAUCAACGUCGAUAGGGAACUUACGAGCUACAUCAUUUCGACCCUCAAAGACUACUAUCCUUACUCGCUCAACUACAUCUUGGUGUACGAUCUGCCUUGGAUACUCGUCCCCACGUUCAGGGCUAUCAAAUUUCUGUUACCCGCCAAAGCCGUAGAUCGAUUGAAACUUAUCGAUAAUGGUACGAUCACGGAUUUUAUCAAGAGGGAACAUAUUCUGGUGGCCUGGGGUGGCGAAGACGACUAUACGUUUGAAUUCGUUCCGGAAGAGCGGCAGCCGAAGAUGAUAGAAAAUAAUAACUCCAUCAACCACAAAAACAACAACAAUAACACAAACAGCAACGACAACAACAACAACAUCAGAAAGCAUGUCCGUUCAAUUCGCGAGGGGAACAAUUGCUUGCACUCACAUUAUGCAACAACACGGCUGAGAGAUGCAACGAAGAUGAAAAGUGUCCAAAGCGAUAACGAUCUCAGCCUUUUUUCAUGCGACACUCACGUCACACAUUCCUCUUUUCCGAGGCGUAUUAACCUUUGUCCAUUUCACGCCUCAUGCGUAGAUAUAGUGAAUGAACUCAUACGAACUGGUGCAUUGAUGACAUCUCACCACGCAUUAAACUUGGGAUCAUCCAUGUAUUUCGUAAAUCCAAGAUUACCAACGGUACCAAAAGCGUCGAUGUUAUGA